AUGUUAAAAUCCGUCACCAACUAUUCCGCUUUUGGUGUUUUCCGCUUUUUCUUGGUCAUUUUGUCAUUUUUCCUUUCACCAGCGAUGUCAAUAAUAUUUUACUUAAACACCGAAGAAAUCAGCGACACAUCCGAUAUUUCAAUGAAGAGCAAGCCUUACUAUACGUUCUUAUUUUCCUUCUCUCUUUCCUUUGUUCACCCAUUGGGCUUCGAUUUCUUCUUUCAUUCUCGUCACGCAUCUGAUUCUUUUUCUUUUCUUCAUUUUAUUUCAUCAUUUUGUCUUCGAUUCUCAGAAUUUCUUCCCUUCCAUUUUCCGACGGUCAAUCUUUUUCUUUUUUUUCUUUUUUUUUUUGUAUUUCUUUUUCAUUCAUUCUUUUUUGUCUUUUGUUUUUGCCUUUUCUUACUUUCUCGUAUUUUUUCUUCGCUUCUACGUCUUAUCUUUUCCUCUGUUUUUAUUUUAACCUCAUCGCAAAUUAUUCUUCUUUUUCUUCUUUUGCUUCUUCACGUUUCCUCUUGUUAUCUCCUCAUCCCAAAUACUUCUUCUUUUUCUUCUUCUUUUUUCUUCUUCUUUUUCUUCUUCUUCUUCUUCUUCUUCUUAUUUUUUCCUUUUUCUUUGUUUUUCUCCUUCUUGUUUUUCUUCUCCUUCUUCUUCUUAGUUUUUCUUCGUUUUUUUCUUCUUCUUCUUUUUCUUUUUCCUCUUCUUCUUUUUCCUCUUCUUCUUUACUUUUCUUUUUUCUUCUUCUUCGUUUUUCUUUUUCUUCUCCUUCUUCUUCUUUUUAUUAGUUUUUCUUCGUUUUUUUUCUUCUUCUCCUUCUUUUUCUUUUCCGUCUUCUUCUUUUUCUUCUUCUUCUUUACUUUUCUUUUUUCUUCUUCUUCGUUUUCCUUCUUUUUCUUCUUCUCCUUCGUUUUCCUUCUUUUUCUUCUUCUCCUUCUUUUUCUUAUUUUUUCUUCUUUUUCUUCUUCUUCUUUUUCUUCUUCUCCUUCUUUUUCUUCUUCUUUACUUUUUCUCUCGUUAUCUGUCUUUUUUAGCUAA